GUUGGAUUGGAUCGAGCGGUCAUGGUUGUGGCGAGAGGAUUCUUGCUGACGCUGAUUCACUCCGCCAGCGCUGCAACGUCUCGCCAUUAUCGAUUUUGGUGUUUCCUUUGCUGGCCUUAUUUCACGUUACUGCGUUGCAUAUGACCCUCAUAUAACAUGCUGCCUACGUCUGCUUGAUAGGGUUCUUUCUCUAUUCUCAAGUCAGACUAUUUCCAUUUCGAAUACUUGAUACUUUCAGUCUUAGCUGCUCGAUACUACAUUCAAGAUGCGCUCAACUAUCUCUACUCUUUCAGCCCUCACCUUUCUUUCCCUCAAUCUCCCUACCGCAGUCGCAGACCAAUGGUUCGUUAGCCAACUCUCAACUCACUUCAUGGGCCCAAACUCAGGUCUGCCUGGUGCUACCUGGCCGCCAGGGACCGGCUUCAACAGCUCCGUCACGUUCACCGUGGAACAUCAGCUCGACUCCGUGUCAGAAAGCAUAUCAGGUUCUUGCACAGCUAGCUUCAUCGAGAAGCAGCCCCCCACCGGCUGGAUCGACUGUACCUCAGAUAACACCGAUGAGGUGCUAUCGUGGAGAUUUACGCCAGGGAGUUUUGUCAGCGAAGCGAGGUUUGGGAUCGAUGUUAUCGGAGCACAGACAGAGUCACAAGCAGUCUCGAGUGCGUCGUUAAGCGUGUCGUCGAAUGAUCUCAGCGCGGCAGAUUCGUACUUGACGUGUCUUGGUGGGGCGCCUUUGACGGGCAUUCACUGUAACACUGACGGGCAGCUCUCGUCGUCGAGAACGCCUAUCGCGAUGUCAGUCACUUCUGAUUGAGUCGGUUCACUACAGCAAUGGUGACACAAGGGGCGAUGCCGGACAAGGGCCUGGUUCACUUGAGCCUGACUCACUUCUGCCUGACUCACUUGAGCCGGGAAGAGAGUGAGGUCAUUCUGCUGUGGUGGAAACUUGAUAAGGACCACUUCUUUCUCUCUUUCUCAAGUCUAGAUGAACCGUAUUAUAGAUUUUCGGAUCCCUUUCUUUGUUUCCUCUCGGCGUUUUCCUUUCUUGAUUGGCAAUAGAAUCCUAUCACAUAGAGCUAUAUAUCAAAAGUUGCCUUUUAUUUGUGGUUCACGUAGACGGUGUGCGGUUGACUUGCAAGCCAUACUUGGACUCCGAAGCAUACUGCGCUCUUCUGUCAAAGCAUAUCACCUAA